AUGUCGCCCAACAAGAUAAGAAAGAAACAGUUUCUUUCAGCAGCCACAAUGAGGCUUCAAAAAAAAUAUGAUCCUAUCUAUCUAUCUAUCUAUCUAUCUAUCUAUCUAUCUAUCUAUCUAUCUAAUCCAAUGUCUCUCAUCUGUACAUAUGUAUCUAUCUCGCUGGCUGUUCAUAUUUCUCUAUCUAUCUAUCUAUCUAUCUAUCUAUCUAUCUAUCUAUCUAUCUAUCUCAGUCUGUUCCUACCUAGGUAUCUCAGUAUAUUUCACUCUAUCUAUCUAUCUAUCUGUCAGUUCAUAUCUAUAUCGAAAUCUCUAUCUAUCUCAACAAGUUUGCAUCUAUCUAUCUAUCUAUCUAUCUAUCUAUCUAUCUAUCUAUCUAAGACCACUUCCCUGAAAGCAUUUCUAUCACCCAUAGCUCUAACCGAAUAUUAUCUUUCUCUCUCUCUCUCUUUCUCUCUCUAUCUCUCUUUCUCUCUCUCUUUCUCUCUCUCUCUCUCUUUCUUUCUCUCUCUUUCUUUCUCUCUCUUUCUUUCUCUCUCUUUCUUUCUCUCUCUCUUUCUCUGUUUCUCGCUCUCUCUCUUUCUCUCUCUCUUUCUCUCUCUCUUUCUCUCUUUCUCUUUCUCUCUCUCUUUCUCUCUCUUUUCUUUCUCAUUCUCUCUCUUUCUCUCUCUCUUUCUCUUUCUCUCUCUUUCUCUCUCUCUUUCUCUUUCUCUCUCUCUCUUUCUCUCUUUCUCUCUCUUUCUCUUUCUCUUUCUCUUUCUUUCUCACUCUCUCUCUUUCUUUCUCUCUCUCUCUCUCUAUCUCUCUCUCUCUCUUUAUCAUGACACCUUCAUCUUAUGUGAACGGAUCUAUAAUUUCACUUCCUACAACACUAUUAACAAAUACAGGGGACAGCAAAAGUAG